GUAGGUCUUACUUGUCUUUGAAUUCACGGUUUCCGUCCGCACAUCCUAACACAAGCACUGUCUCGAUCAAGUAUAUGCCAUGCCUGAUCUCGGCUUCGACCCUCUUAAUCGCGAGCCAAAGACUACCGAAUUGGUGUCAUCAUUUCUUACAACAAAAGAUGCUUACGAUCGCAACCAUGGAGGCAUACCAGAGAUUGACGCCUCGAAGCAUCAUGUUCGGAUAGAUGGAGCAGUUGAAAACAUACUUGAUCUUUCAGUGUCGGAUCUGCAAAGCCUGUCCCAACACACGGUCGUGUCUGCACUGCAGUGCGCUGGCAUCAGAAGACAUACAAUGCGCACGGCGAUCAAGGAAGUUCAAGGCAUCGAUUGGUUUGAUGGAGCUGUGAUGAACUGCAAAUGGAGUGGACCGAAGCUGAAGGAUAUUUUGGAAAGAGCAAAGGUUACUCUUAGCAAGGAAGAAAAGGGACAUGUUGCUUUUGCAAGCCAUAUACAGCCUUGCCAGGAAGAUGACUGGUACGGAGCUUCGAUCGACCUCGAGAGAGCUAUGGAUGAAGACAAAGACGUGAUUUUGGCACUUGAGAUGAACGGAGAAGCACUUACGAAAGAGCACGGGUUUCCAGUACGUGUUGUGGUGCCUGGAAUUGCCGGUGCAAGAAGUGUCAAGUGGUUGGAUCGUAUCACGGUACAGACGAUGGAGAGCUCCAACUUCUACCAGCAACAUGAUUACAAGAUCCUUCCACCAGAGGCAGUUGAUACCGAGUCAGCCGAGAAGUUCUGGGAUAUAACACCGGCACUCCAGACCAUGCCUGUCAACAGUGCCAUCGCUGUCCCCGAACCUGGCUCAAGAGUAGAAAGAUCGGCAGAAGGCAAAGUGAGGGUGAAAGGAUUUGCAUUGCCUAGUGGUGACGGUGGAGCUGUUGUCAAGGUGGAGGUAUCUGGAGAUGGAGGCAAAACAUGGACGGAGGCAGAGAUUGAGCACGAUGCUGAUGAAAGCAAGUGGUCCUGGAGACUGUGGAGAGCGAACAUCGAGAUGUCGACAGGUAAGGGAUUGAAGAUUUUGAGUAAAGCCACCGACGAGGCUGGACAGGUACAGCCAGAGAGAUCUCAGUGGAACCUGAGAGGUGUAGCGUACAACGGAUUCGGAGAGACGACAGAUGUUGAGGUCGUGUAGAGUAGAAAAAGGAGAAUUAAUGAUAAGAAUUGGCAGGC